CCUUUCUUAUUUUUUGUAUAAGCUAUAGCUUCGUGGUUACUUUAUAAAAAAAAAAAUAGAUUACGCAUACUGUUAUACACUUGUUCUAUAUGAAAGUGCCACGUAUAUACUACUAGUAAAAGUUAUCUAUGUGUUUAAAAUAAGAUGACUGAUAAACACGCUGCCUGAUAUUUGGUCUAUGCUGCGCAAUGCGUAUGUGCGCAUGUCACUAUGAAGGUUUCUCUAUAUCAAAUUCUAUGUCAUCAAGUUAAGUGCAACGACGUAUUAUUUACGUUGAAAUCAUCCAAAUACGUAAAAAUGACGGAACAAAGUGACAGAAGUCAAUUACCACCUGGUUGGGAAUGUAGAUACGAUUCUCGAAGUGGCCGACCAUAUUUUAUAGACCAUUUUAACCGAACAACAACAUGGGAAGAUCCAAGGAUUCGAUAUUGGCAAUACUCUCAAUAUGUACAGACACAAAAUUCCGUAGCGUUGAGUUCUGCCACAACUAUUACUUCUCAAGAUAUACCUAUGCAGACUGGAGGAAUUGGAGGUGGUGGUCAUUUAGUUUAUACGGGAGCUCAUAGAGCUCCUCAAAUUUAUCCAACACCAUCGCCUUUUCAUAAUCCUCAACUUGCAUUUUUGCCUCCCAGUUUACAGGAUUUAAAAACUCCAAUGUCUAUGAAAUCAAUGAGUGUUAUGACAAAUCGGUUUGGUGAAAUCACUUUGGGAUCACCGACACCAGUCAGAAAUAUGGAAACUACUUUAACACAAGAUUCUAAUUCUGAAUUGCAAGUUGCUAAAAUCAAUGCAAUGUUUCCUACGGUUUCUGAUACUCAUAUACGACUGCUAUUAAAAAAAUACCAUAACAGAGCAGCUUUGGUUGUGAGUGCUCUCCAAGUGGAAAAGAAUCCUCUUUGCGCUCCAGGACCGUGUACACCUAUGGGAGUACACUCAAAAUAUGCAAUACCAAGAUGGAGGCUACCAGCUCAUGCUAUACAUGCGGCUUUAACAUUGAGUCCACCUCGUGGGGUUCGGCCAGCCCCUAACUCCCCAAAAAUGAAACUUAGGUACCUGAAAAAUGUAUUUCCUAAAGUGGAUGAAACAAUGUUACUUGACAUAUUAGAACAGAGUGAAAAUAAUGUUCAAAAAGCUUCGGAAAAAUUAAUUGAUCUAGGCUACGAGAAACGAAAUCUUACUGCUCCUAAUAAAUUAUUAAAUAAAAAAAAAGAUAAAGAUCAAAACCAGAAUGAACGAUCUGUUCCAACUCCGCCUCCACGUAUGAAAAGUUUGGAGGAGAAAAAUAAAAUGAAAGCACGCUUGACAGAAAAAUAUAAAUUCGUACCAGAGAGAGUAAUAGUACUCGCUAUGGAUAGUGUAGAUUAUGAUGAAGAAAGAGCAAUACACAUAUUAGAUAUUAUGGUUGCAGAAGAAGCUACAAGGCCACUUUGUACUUCCAGUAGUCAAAGCAGUCGAAGCGACGAGCGAAAGGAAAGUCCACCUGUAACAGAAGCUAUAAAACUAACAGCAUCACCAAUUAAAAAAGUGGUGAAGGAAAUUGAUUCUGAGAAAUCAAAGAGAUCGAAAAGUAAAAUAGAAAUACCAAAAGUUUCUCGUGGAACUAGUACCACCGAAGAUAAUGAGCAUAAAUCUUCAUAUUUGUUGAAACCUAAUGGUCCAAAUCCUGAAUUAUCAAAAGGAGCUAAUAAUGAUUUAUUACUACCAGACUAUGCACCAUGGUCAGGACCAGAUCCUAAUUUAUUAUCGAAAGAACAAUUUCCGAAAUCAAUAGUAAUGGGACAUGAUUCAACUUUAGUAUCAGGAAGUUGUCUUGCUAAAGGUCCUAAUGCUGAGUUACGAAAAGGUCCAUUAAGAGGAUUAGCAGAAGGUUCCAUAUAUUCUCAGAGAAACUUAACGAAUACAGAAAGCCGUGGUAAAUGAAAUAUGUGUGGCUGUUUCUUAUUUAAUCUUUUUACACUUGCAAAUUAACAUGAAAUAAUUUAUUCUUCAUAAAUUAUUAUAAAAGAAUAAUGAUUCUUUUAUCUUUUCUUUUGGAAUAUUAUUAAUGUACAAGUUCUAAACGUUAAUAUUUCUGUCCAUAUUAUCUUUUAACUAGUGAUUAUAUGUAUAUCUAUUUUCUAUCAGACACAUGCAGCUAACCUCUCCGUCUAAUAAAAUAAUAUCGUAUAGUACACUAAUGUUCACUAAAUUAAUAAUGAUAAGAAUACUAAUAGAAAUUUGAAUGUGUCUGAUAUAACUGAUCGAAUAAUAUUAGAUAUCUUCCUUAAUAUUUUAGUAAAAUUUGCAAUACUCUUAGUUUCUUAAUUCAUUAAUACUUUAUUCUCUUAUUAUUUAAAUUAUUGAUGUUUAUUGAUGGAUGUAAUAUAUUUUAUUGUUAAUAAUUAUAUAUUUCUAUUCUGUUAGGAAAAUAUAUUUUAGUCUUGUUUUCAUUGAAUACAAAAUUGAAACAUAUAUUGUCCUUAUAUAACAAAAAGAGGCCAAUAACAUUAACAAUAUUUCUAUGACUAGAUUACAGAUAUGCGAAAGCAUAAAACAAAGAUAAUUCAAAUAUCUACUUGCAUUCAAUACAUUUAUAUAAUUAGGAGAGUAGAAGGAUUUGACAGUGUAUUAUCCUAAUACACAUUAAUGAUUCAAGAAUACUACAUUAUUUAUACAUUAACAUAUCCUAACAAAUCUAGUUUUAUACAAAAAUAUAAAUAUAUAUAUGGUGUGUGUGUGUGUGUGUAUGUGUUCAGAAAAUUUUGUUUCACGUUAUUCUUUAUUGUUACACAAUGAUUUGCAAAAUUAUUUAUGGUAUAAUUCAAAAAUAUUUAUUCCUAAAUAUGAAAUAAUUUAUCUUUAUUAUGUAAAGUUGAUAUCAUCUAACAUUCUUGUUUCUUUAAUUAUUUCUUGUAUAUACUAUAUUGUGUAAACACACAGUUCAAAUUACAAAAAACUUAACUAGCUUUGCAUUAAUUAAAAUUGAUAUCAACAGACGUAGAAAUUCCAACUAGACUAAGAUAUUUAAUUAAACACACAGAAAGCCAAAAUAUUCAGUAUUAAGAAGUAUUUAGAUUAAAUAUAAGAAUACAUUUAAAAUGAAUAGUUCGGUGAAUAUUCACAUGGACAUAUUAAUUUUGUUGAUACAAACAUUCCCUCUAAUAUAAAAAAUAAUAAUUAUAAUUCCGCAUAUCUGCGAUAUAAGCUCUAACUAAUCAAUGUAAGAUAUAAAUCAUAAUUAUCAUGUAUGAUUUAUAACAAGAAAUGAAAUGAAAAAAAAAGAAAAAAAAUACGUCGAAUAUAAAACUUAUAAGUACUUUAAUUAAGUUAAUAGACAGAUGUAUUUUCAUAGCUUCAUUCAAUAAUCCUGCCUUUAAAAAAAAAUCUAGUAUGUUUGCGAGUUCUGAAUCAAUAAUAAUAGAUGGGCUGUGGUUGAGAUUUCAGUUAUGAGAGCUAUUUUUAUAGCUUCUUAACUUCUGAAAAAUGAUGGUGGAUAAAUAAUAUAUUUUGACUAUAUUUUAAGUAAUAUCGAGAAUGCAGAAGAAGAUAUUAAUGCAAAUAGAACAAAUGAGCUCUCCAGUUCUAGAAAUAAAAUCAUAUAUUUUAAUGUUAAGCACAUCCAUACUUUUUGAGAUAUUAUAUUACAUAAAUAAGGUAUUGGUAAAUGUAUAUCGAUAUGUAUGACAAAUAGCAUGUAACGUGAAUGUAUACUAAUCAGGUUAACAAAAAAUAUCUCCUAUUUGGGUAGACUUAAAUUUCAUUUGAAUUUUUGGAAAGAAUUUCUUUAUUGCAUGAAUUGAUUACCUGGUAUAGAAGGUAAUUUAAAUUAGAUUUUAGUAUAUUUGGUCUUUUUAACUAAAAAAUGUAUCUCUCAUUACAUUUUAUUAAUCUUUAUAUUAAUCGUUUAGAACAUAUUUUAUGUAUCUAGAAGAUAAACAUUAAUCGAUAUUAAUAUCGUUUUCUUAAUAUAGUUAAUAAUAUAAAUAACUAGUUAAAUGAUUUAUAUAUUUUUCCGUUUAUAAAUGUGAUAUUAUUUUUAAUAGACUAGAGAUCCAAUAGAAUACAUAUAUAUGAAAGUAUCAAAAUGUAUUUAUAUAUUUUAAUGAAAUCUUUUAUUUCAACGCAUUAUUCGUAAUUCAUAAAAUUUAACAUAAUUGCAUAUAUAUUUUUAUUAUGAGAAAAAAAACAAAAUAAAGAAUAUGUUUGUAUCACAUUCCCUCAUAGAUUUUUCAAACAUUUGAUAAAUAAUUAACAUUUAUAGAUAAAGAAAUAUGAAGCUUUCAGUUAGCAAUAAAAAUGUCGAUGGUCUGUGUGUUAAGUAUUGCAAGUAAUAAAGCAAAAUUGUAUUUCGUUGUAUCUAUACAUAUCUGUGCAAUAAAAUAAUGUAACUUGUU